AUGAAGCCCUCGAAUGUGGAAGCUGGGCUCACCUUGUGUAUGGUGUUUGUCAUGAAGUAGGCGUGGAUAAGUUGGCCAAAAAUUGGUAGGCGCCGGAAAUGAGAACUUCUAAGGAGGGUGAAGGAGUGGUUGGAAGCAAAAGGAGGUUGCAAUUAAACCAGGUUCUUGAAUUGGAUGGGGAGGAAGAGUUGUUGGAUGAUGUAGGGGAAUAUUGUAGUGAUGAUGGGUUUGACGAAGAUGAUGGGGUAGGUGAUGGUGUAGAGUCUGAAGAUGGUGGAGUUGAGGAGGUAGAAGUUGGUGAAGAACGUUGGGAAGAUGACGAGGAUGAUGUUGUGGAUGAUUAUGAUGAAGCAUUAGAUGAAGGAGAUGAAUUAGAUGAAGAUUUGUGUAUUGAAAAUGAUGAUGACCUGAAUGAGGUUAAUGAUGAUAAUUAUGAUGAAUCCGGAGAAAUGGGAGUGGGGCGAAACACUACUUGUAUGGAGGAUGGAGACAUUGGAUUCCCUGGUGAUGGAGAUGGGGUUUCAACCAUUAACGCAGAUUUGUAUACAACUCCUACGAAGCGGAACAAAGGUCCCGUUCUACCGACCCCUUCUGUUGGAAUGGCUUUUGCUAAUUGGGAAGCAUUGAAUAACUAUUUUCAAUCCUAUGGGGAGCAACAAGGUUUUGGUGUAGUGUGUAUGGGAGGGAAUAAGAGCGGGGUGAAAGACAGUGAAACGGGCAAAUCGAAUUCCCUGAGGACCUAUGUUUGGCGGUGUGAGUGUCAUGGAAGGCCAAAAUACCGGCAGAUGGUGAAUGGCAGGGUAGUUACCUGCGCAGAGGAACCAAUUCUUAAGAGGAAGACGAAGAAGUGUAGUUGCCCUGUUAUGCUAUAUGGGGCUCGGACCAAAGAGAAUUUAUGGGUUGUGAAGAGUGUUGUUACUGAACAUUUGAACCACAUUCCCACUCCUACCAAGUCCAACCAUAUUUCCAUGUUCCGGGUCAGGAAAAUUACUCAGACAAUCCUGAAACAGAUUGAAAAUGAUCACGAUUCAGGUGCACUUGUGGCUCAGAUUUUCAAUAACUUAGCGGGAAGAAGGAAUGGUGUAGAGAAUAUUGGUUUUAUGAAAAAAGACGUGCAUAAUAUUUUGAAUAGGAGGAUGCGAUUAAGGCUACGAGAUGGGGAUGCUGUUGCGAUGAUAAAUUAUUUAGAUAAAAUGACAAAGGAUAAUCAAAAAAUUUUCCAUCUGCACCGGCUUGAUAAAACAGGGAAGUUGCAGGAUGUAAUGUGGGUUGAUGCUCGUAGCAGAGCCGCGUAUGAGUACUUUGGGGAUGUGGUUUGUUUUGACUCCACGUACUUGACAAACAAGUAUGAGUUGCCAUUUUCGAACUUUGUUGGGGUGAAUCACCAUGGGCAAACAAUUUUGCUUGGAUGUGCAUUAGUGUCUCAUGAAACCGCGGAAACGUUCGUUUGGCUCUUUAGGGCAUGGUUGUCUUGUAUGGGGGGUAAAGCUCCCGCUGCUAUUAUGACCGACCAGGAUGCGGCUAUGAGGAAGGCAAUUAGAAUAGCAAUGCCAAUGCCUAAAACCAGACAUCGUUGGUGUAUGUGGCAUAUUAUGCAGAAGUUCAGCCGAAAAUUGGGUUCGAUGACUGAUUUUCCCCAAAUAAAAGUUGCCCUACAGAAUGUCAUAUACAACAGUUUGACCCCUGUUGAAUUCGAAGAAGGUUGGGCUGAAGUGGUGGAAACUUUCAAGCUGAAGGAGGCUAAGGAAAGCUACAAGUGGCUAGUAGGGUUGUAUAAUCAGCGAGAAAUGUGGAUACCUGCAUAUGUGAAGCAUAUUUUUUGGGCGGGGAUGCAGACGACUCAGAGGGUUGAGAGUAUUAACAGUUUCUUCGACGGGUACUUGAAGAAGAAUACGAGAUUAUAUCAGUUUGCUCCUAGGUACUGCAAGGCCAUGGAAAGUAGGGCCAAUGAUGAAAAAGCUGCUGAUGUGAACUGUUGUCGUUUUACUCGGUCUUUGGUUGGAGAGUUUGCUGUGGAGAGGAAGUUCCAGAAACUAUAUACGGAUGCGAAGUUCGUUGAAGUCCAGAUCCAAUGUAUGCGGGUAUGUUACGUAACACCUAUUACUUCGAAAGUAGUUUCUGAUGUGGAGGUUGAGCAUACGGUGUCUGACAAAGUAUGGGUAUGGUCCAAGUUCUUGAGAAAGGAAAUAUCUUUGGCAGGCCGGAAGCGUAUAUACGUCGUGCUGUUCAACAAGGAGACCUCUUUUGCAAAGUGUGACUGCAAACAUUUCGAGUGCCACGGCAUUAUGUGUAGGCACAUCAUUAAGGUGUUGGACGUGGAGGAUGUGGAAAAUGUGCCUGUUGGAUAUAUAGUUGACCGAUGGAGGAAAGAUAUACAACGCAAGCACACUCUUGUGAAGGUUGCUUAUCAUGAUCCCGAGAAAACAGAAGAAGUUAAGCGCUAUGACCGGAUUAUGAAUGCGGUGGAACCUGCUGCCCUCCGUGGAUCACUUUCCGAGCAGAAGUUGGAUUUGGUCAUAGAAGGUAUUAUGAAUAUUGUGUUACGUCUUGAUGAGAGUGAUGCUCUUUCAGCAUUUGGUGAUAACGAAUCUGGUGCACUGACUUCCGGGGGGAACAGGAUGGCGAUUGUUGGUCCUACGACACCAGGCUCCGUUAACAAACCUCCAAACAGCGUUGGGGAUGAUACUACCACACUUACCCCCCCCCUAUUAUGGUUAAAGAUCCUGUUCCGCGAGGUGGUUUAA